CGCGCGUGCGCGGCGCCGCAGUCUGUGGGUUGGCUGGUGAUUUUGCAAGCGGGAGGGGCCGUGCGCGCUCCUGCCUCCGGCCUGUGUCCCCCACCCCCCCUUCCCUGGUCCCGGUCGCUCCUUCGGGAAGAUGUCGGACACUGCCGUAGCUGAUACUCGGCGCCUUAACUCGAAGCCGCAGGACCUGACCGACGCUUACGGGCCGCCAAGUAACUUCCUGGAAAUCGACAUCUUUAAUCCACAGACGGUGGGCGUGGGCCGCGCGCGCUUCACCACCUAUGAGGUUCGCAUGCGGACAAACCUACCUAUCUUCAAGCUGAAGGAGUCCUGUGUACGGCGGCGCUACAGUGACUUCGAGUGGCUAAAAAAUGAGCUGGAGCGAGAUAGUAAGAUUGUAGUACCACCGCUGCCUGGGAAAGCCUUGAAGCGGCAGCUCCCUUUUCGAGGAGAUGAAGGGAUCUUUGAGGAGUCCUUCAUUGAAGAAAGGAGGCAGGGCCUAGAACAGUUUAUUAACAAAAUUGCAGGGCACCCACUGGCCCAGAAUGAACGCUGCCUACAUAUGUUCCUGCAGGAGGAAGCAAUUGAUAGGAACUACGUCCCCGGGAAGGUGCGCCAGUAGGAGCCCCUCUCACCACUUGCCCUCUACUUUCCUGCUGAAAUGACAUUGGUUUUUACACUAAGCCUCUCUCUCUUUCUUUGAUCUGAAGUUGGCUGCCCAUCCCCUGGCCUGAUAGACUGUCUGGCAUUGUGUUCCUUGGUACCUGACUACACCGUGGGCACUCUGCUAAGAACCUCUUCUCUGAGGAGAGGUGGGAAACCACAGGCAGAUGCCCUUUGCUUGGGGUUGGGAGUGGGUGGGGGGAUUGGACUGGAAGGCAAUUUCUCGGGCAUUUACGCAUGCCAGAAGGCUAACGUUGGGGGCAGGGGUCUUGUGCUGCUGAAGCACUUGGCUGCAUACUGAUGCUGCAAGUCCAGGGGAUUUUUCGUACUCUUAGGUUUAACCAGGAACGCUGAGCGGGGGGAAAAACCCUGCCUCUCCUACCUGCAUGAUUUUUUUCCUUUUUGGGAAGGUGGUAGAGACCCAAAAGCUGUCCUCGUUUUCUCUAGGCCUGCUCCCAGUUUUUUCCAACAAUUUCUUGUGUUACUUUCUCUCCCUCUUGUUGCUUUCCAUGGCAGCAAUCCUCCUAGAGUCUAAGCAGUUUGUUGUGGGGUGCAAGGUGUGUGGGUUUUCUGGGCCUGUCAUCAUGGCUGCUUCAGAGUCAACAGAAAGCCAUAGGGCAGCAGGGGAGCUCCUGUUGCCGAGCCCCUUUCCUUUGUAGCUGCCUGUUCUUGCUCACCAGCAGGUGAGUCAGUAUGGGCCAACAGUCCUCCCUUCCCUGCUACUUUAUGGAUGAGCUUUGUAGGUUGGCUGGGUGGCUUGAGGGGUGAGGGCAACUCACUGCUGCCACGAAACUCCCUGAAGGUGGGAGUGGAUCAUUUCCUAGGUAUAUCUGGGUGGCAGGGAAGAGCAUCACCACUGUCUUCCAUCCUCCCUUCCCCCAUCCCAUUUAGUGCUACCCCAGGGCAGAAGCACAUGAACAAACCACAUACUUUCUGACUUCUCUCAAGCAUUUUGAGCUGUUGAAUAGGGCUCACGGGCAAGAGCUGUUUCUGCCCUCCGCUUGGUCACAGGGUUAUUGAACUGCCUGAACUUGUUUCCCGUGGAACUCCAAUGUUCUCCCCAGAAGUUGAGUUAGGGAUAACAGCUGGGUAUGAGUUUCCCAAAAGUUAAAGUCUAAAGCAGCUUCUUCAGACCGGCAAGUUUCCUGGGCUUCUGUCUGGGAGGUAGUGGUUUGCUGGGGCCUGAUAUCUAUCCCAAGGGGUAGGAUGGGAGCAGGUUACCUCUGGUGUCAGGGCAAAAGUGGAAGCUCUCUGCUUAGAUGUCCUAUCAUGGAGGGAUUGGGGUUCUCUGUACAAGGUCUUGGGGAAAAGGAUUACUGAUUCAGACAAGAUUCGGAGUAGAUAGAUGAGGAGGGGAUUUUGACCUGGGAUUUGGAGCCCAUGUAAAUGUUGAAGUUCCCUGUAACAGAACGGCUCUCCAGCUGCUGAGCCUGUGCAGCCCCAAGAGAGAGGCUCUGCUCCCUUUCCCACUUCUCCAGUGUUGGUGUUGUUGCUGCCUUUUUGAUUUGUACCCUCUGUUACUGGUUUUUUUUUUAAAGAUUACUUCUUUCAUUGUGCACAAGUGCUGAGAGCCUGAGGCCCCAUUUUUGCUGUGUAUAUAUCCUGAUUCGGGGCUUUUAUUCAGCGACUGUUCAUUCUUCUGUCAGACAAUGUCAUAUUCAACUCUGUUCAUAUUAAACCACUGUGAAGCAAG